AUGGCCCUACACACGACCUACCAAUGCCUCCUCCUGCCCGCCUCCGGCGCGCCCGUCUCGCGCGUCCCCUACACCACCGUCGAGCCCUCCACCUUCCCCAAGGACGACCACUCCGCCCUGUUCGACAAUGGCGCGUUCCAGAUGGUCCCCGACCUCCGCCCCUACUGGACCGGCGACUACCAAGACCGGCGCUUCCGCCGCUUCAUCGUCUCCGAGCACCCGCUCCCUAUGCUCGACGGCGAGUUCAUCCUCUACUACUCCGUCAGUGCGGAUAAGCCCGCCAAUAAGACGAUUCUCGGCAUGCCGGCUGUGCGCGACGCCGUCGAGAGGUCGCGCCGCGCGGGCGUGAGGUUCGAGGAUAGGCUGUUUUGGCGCGGGGAUGUGCUGGUGGUAAGGCUGGGCGAGGAGUGGGAAAUUGCGGAGUUUGAGAAGUUUGAGGAUGUGAGGGGGGAGAUGGUGCCGCAUGUGCUGAAGAUGUUGGGGGAGAGAAUGUUUACGCCGACCUGGGAGGAGGAGGGCUUGGAGAGGCAGAGGAAGGAGGAUGCGUGGUGGGAGAGGCUCGCUGAGAGGGAGAGGGGCAUGAAGGAGCGGCUGUUUGCGGGAAUGUCGACGGAGCAGAGGGAGAAUAAGGAGGUGAGGGACAUGGUGGAUAUACUUGUGGCGUUGUCGGCAAAGGAGGACAUGGAGUAA